AAAGAUGGCUGCUGUUGUUGCGGAUGGAGAAUGAACCCAGGCUGUCAUCCAAACACAGGCCGAGGAAACGGAGACAAACUCGCCGUGAAACGGGCCUCAAGACCCGAACCAAGAGCAUUUAUACCGAAUCCGAUUCUUUUCUGAAGUAGGGGGCGCAGUAACAGACCGCAGACAUGGACACCACCACGUCCAUCAAGAUGACCACUCUGGCCAUCCAGAACCUGUUCAGCUACGUGGAAGAGGAAAACCUCUCCGCCCUUAAAGCUCACCUGGACCGCUUCAAGGAGGUGGACGGACGCAGUGACAAUGGUCAGACACCCCUCAUGCUGGCGGCUGAACAGGGCAGUCUGGAGAUCGUCCAGGAGCUGAUCAGGAGAGGAGCUAACGUCAACCUGGAUGAUGUGGACUGCUGGUCGGCAUUGAUCUCUGCAGCGAAGGAAGGUCAUGAGGAUGUGGUGAAGGAGCUGCUGGAAAACAGCGCCUACAUCGAGCACAGAGACAUGGGCGGCUGGACGGCUCUGAUGUGGGCCGCUUACAAAGGACGUGUGGAUGUCACCAAUCUGCUGCUGGAGCACGGAGCCAACCCCAACACUACCGGACAGCAGUACAGCGUGUAUCCGAUCAUCUGGGCUGCGGGUCGAGGACACGCCGACAUCGUGAAAAUACUCCUGCAGAACGGAGCCAAAGUCAACUGUUCUGACAAGUAUGGGACCACCCCGCUGAUCUGGGCCGCCAGGAAGGGACACUUCGACUGUGUGAUGCACCUGCUGGAGAAUGGAGCCGAUGUCGACCAGGAGGGGGCGAACUCGAUGACAGCUCUGAUUGUGGCGGUGCGUGGCGGCUACACUGAGGUGGUGAAGGAGCUGCUAAAGAGGAACCCGAACGUCAACAUGACCGACAAAGACGGAAACACUGCGCUCAUGAUCGCCGCCAAGGAGGGCUACACCGAGAUCGUCCAGGACCUGCUGGACGCUGGGACGUACGUCAACAUCCCAGACCGGAGCGGGGAUACGGUGCUGAUCGGAGCAGUGAGGGGGGGUCACGUGGAGAUCGUCAGAGCUUUGCUUCAUAAAUACGCCGACAUCGACAUCAGAGGACAGGAGAGUAAAACUGCGCUGUACUGGGCCGUAGAAAAAGGAAACGCCACCAUGGUGAGAGACAUCCUGCAGUGUAACCCCGACACUGAGACCUGCACCAAGGACGGAGAGACGCCGCUGAUCAAAGCGACCAAGAUGAGGAACAUCGAGAUCGUGGAGCUUCUGCUGGAUAAAGGAGCCAAAGUUUCGGCUGUGGACAAGAAAGGAGACACGCCUCUCCACAUUGCCAUCCGUGGGCGAAGCCGCCGUCUGGCUGAGCUCCUCCUCAGAAACCCCAAAGAUGGCCGCCUGCUUUACCGGCCCAAUAAGGCGGGAGAGACCCCAUACAACAUCGACUGCAGCCACCAGAAGAGCAUCCUGACGCAGAUCUUUGGAGCGCGUCAUCUAUCCCCCACAGAGACAGACGGGGACAUGCUGGGGUAUGAUCUGUACAGCUCUGCCCUCGCCGACAUCCUCAGCGAGCCCACCAUGCAGCCGCCUAUCUGUGUGGGUCUGUAUGCUCAGUGGGGCAGCGGGAAGUCCUUCCUGCUCAAAAAGCUGGAGGAUGAGAUGAAGACAUUUGCUGGGCAGCAGAUCGAGCCGUUGUUUCAGUUCUCCUGGCUCGUGGUCUUUCUGUCUCUGCUGCUCUGUGGCUCUGUCGCCGUCGUCCUCGGCUUCACCGUCGACCCAAAGCUCGCCAUGGCUGUGUCGCUCAGCCUGCUCGCUCUGCUUUACCUCUUCUUUGUGGUGGUGUACUUUGGUGGGCGCCGUGAGGGUGAGAGCUGGAACUGGGCGUGGCUUAUCAGCACUCGUUUAGCACGUCACAUCGGGUACCUGGAGCUGCUGCUGAAGCUGAUGUUUGUAAACCCGCCUGAGCUGCCAGAGCAGAGCACCCGAGCACUUCCUGUCAGGUUCCUCUUCACCGACUACAACAGGCUAUCAAGCGUAGGAGGAGAGACGUCAAUGGCUGAGAUGAUCGCCACUCUCUCUGACGCCUGCGAGAGAGAGUUUGGCUUCCUCGCCACGCGUCUGUUCAGAGUGUUCAAGACGGAGGAGACGCAGGGAAAGAAGAAGUGGAAGAAGACGUGCUGCGUCCCAUCAUUCAUACUCUUUGUCUUCGUACUCUCCUGCCUGCUCACCGGCAUGGCGCUGCUUGCCGUCUUUAAGGUGGACGGGGAUAACCGCACGGUAAACGCCGUGCUGAUCGCCAUCGGCAGCGUGGUGGGCCUGGCCCUGCUGCUGAAUGUAAGGACCUGGUGGCAGGUGACCGACUCUGUGCUGAACUCGCAGAGGAAGAGGCUCCACAGCGCCGCCAACAGGAUGAACAAGCUGAAGAGCGAGGGCUUCAUGAAGGUGCUGAAGAACGAGGUGGAGCUGAUGGCGAGGAUGGCGAAGACAAUUGAUAGCUUCACGCAGCAUCAGACAAGGCUGGCGGUGGUCAUUGACGGUCUGGACUCCUGUGAACAGGACAAAGUGCUGCAGAUGCUCGACACGGUGCGAGUGCUGUUCUCCAAAGGCCCGUUCAUCUCCAUCUUCGCCAGCGACCCUCACAUCAUCAUCAAGGCCAUCAACCAGAACCUGAACAGCGUGCUGAGAGACUCUAACAUCAAUGGACACGACUACAUGAGGAACAUCGUCCACCUGCCCGUCUUCCUCAACAGCCGAGGACUCUCCAGCGCUAAGAAGAUGUGUUCUGCUGCGCCUGCUAAUGGGGAUGCAGCCAACACAGAAGCAGGCUGGCAUGAGGAGUUGGACAGGAAGUUAUCUCAGCACAGUCUGGGAGAAUUAACCAAGUUUGGCAGCAAGACGACGCUAAACCGCAGGGACACACACCGGCGUCGUCAGAUGCAACGCUCAGUGACUCGCCAGAUGUCAUUCGAUCUUACGAAGCUGAUGGUGACGGAGGAUUGGUUCAGUGACAUCAGCCCGCAGACCAUGAGGAGGCUGCUCAACAUCGUGUCUGUCACAGGUCGUCUGCUGAGAGCCAAUCAGAUCAGCUUUAAUUGGGACCGUCUGGCGUCCUGGAUCAACCUGACUGAGCAGUGGCCCUACAGGACAUCCUGGCUCAUCCUGUACCUGGAGGAAACUGAUGGAGUCCCCGAUCAAGCCACACUCAAGACCAUCUAUGAGAGAGUUUCCAAAAAUAUCCCAACCACAAAAGAUGUGGAGCCGCUGCUGGAGAUCGAUGGAGACGUUCGCAGCUUUGAGGUCUUCCUGUCAUCCAGAACUCCCGUCCUGAAUGCCAGAGACAUCCGCACAUUUCUGCCCUGCACAGUCAACUUGGACCCAAAACUGAGGGAAAUCAUUGCGGAUGUUCGAGCGGCUCGUGAGCAGAUGAACAUGGGCGGGGUUUCCUACCCCCCUCUCCCCUUGCAGGAGGCUCAGCCCCGCCCCACCUCCGUCUACUCUCAAGUGUCGUCAGCGAUCUCGCCAUCCGCCUCUUUCACCGGUCCUUUCAACCAGUCAGCAGGGGGCGUAGUCUCCCCACAGCCUCACAGCAGCUAUUACAGCGGCAUGGCUGGACCGCAGCACCCCUUCUACAACAGGCCAUAUUUCCCCCAUCACCUUUACCAGCUGCCCCGCCCACUCGUGGCCACCUCCUACACAUCAUACUUCCAUCCACGCCCACCACGCAAAAACUCCCUCAGCCGGGACGCCGUCACACCCGGCUCGGCCUCUGUGGUGUCUGGCACUCCCGCCAUCCUUCUCAGCUCCAUGACGACAGAGGCCGUCUGUGAGCGCGUGCGACAGAUCGAAGGCAUCGACCAGAGCAUGAUGGGACAGUACAGCGCCACGAUCAGGAAGGCGAACGUUAACGGCAGAGUUUUGUCUCAGUGUAACAUCGACGAGCUGAAGAAGGAGAUGAACAUGAACUUUGGAGACUGGCAGCUCUUCAGAGCCACGGUUCUGGACAUGCGUCUCAUAGAGAGCCAGGUGCUGCAGGAGGAAGUCGCCAGCGAACAGGGCAGCAUGGUGGGCGGUCACAUUGAGACAGGAAGGCGAGCUGUGGCUCCGCCUCACGCCGGUGCCGCCAACACAGACGCUUCACCGAUGUACAGCUUCAACCUGAGCUUUGAGGAGCUGAGCAACGUAGGGCUGGACGAGCCAGCGAGACAUGGGAACAUGCAGUGGAUGGGUGGCGCUCACAGAACCGCCAGCAUGACAAGCCUGAACUCUCAGGAGUCAUCCAACGACAUCGCCAAACUGACCGACAAACAGCAGGCCGAGUAUCGCAAUGCCUACCAGGAGUACAUUGCCCAGAUGGCUCAGCUGGAGAUGGGUGGCGGUGGCGGGGAGCGACCUGUCCAACCACAGCCGGGUCAGUUUAUGACAUCAUCAUCAGAGGACAAGAACAAGGAUGGCAGCGAGCAGGAUGCACGCAAGUCUUUCAACAAGAGGAGCAGCGCCAAACCACCCGCUGACAGCACCGACUUCUCCGCCAAUGGGGAUGCUUUAGAUCCCAUCACCGAGGAGGAUGAGAAGGGCGAGCACGGGUCAUCCAAAUCUCUGCUGACCCGCAAGACCUCAGCAGAGAGGGGCGGGCUGUUCCAGGGCGCUGCUGACCUGAAGCUGAAGGCGGCGGGCGGCCUGCGCUACCAGAAGUUGACCAGUGAUGACGAAGAGUCCGAGGAGUCUGACAACGCCCCGCUGCUCAAAGACGGGAAGAAACCAGUUGACCCAAAACUCCCUGGAGGAUCACUGGCACUGAAGGGGAAGGACUACCUGUCAGACGCCAUGUUGGAUAAGAAAGACUCGUCCGACUCCGGCGUGCGUUCCAACGAGAGCUCACCAAACCACUCGCUGCAGGAUGAAGAGGCAGACCUGUCCCAGCUGGAGAGGGCCAACCUGAUCGAGCUGGAUGAAGAGAGCCAGGCCAGGAAGCGAGGCGUUCCCAGCAGCCUCAGCGGCCUGCAGGACCCGGCCGUCGCCCGCAUGUCCAUCUGCUCUGAAGACCAGUGCAGCCUGCUCGCCAGCUCGCCCGAGGACACCUGGCCCUCAUCCAAGUCCUUCAACCUGAACCGCACGCCAAGUAACGUCACGCUCAACAACAACACCAACGCCCAGCACGCCAACCGAGCACGCCCCCCCGCAGAGGGUUCCACCUCCUCCUCCUGCAACCCCGCCUCUUCCACCACCUCCUCCUCCAGUGACGCCAUUAUCUCCCCGACCUCCGGCACCGCCUCCACCACUUCCUCCAUCACCGCCACCCGACCUGGGCCGAACAACGAGAACGUCAGAGUCGUCCACCUGAAGAGGGGGCUGAAACCCGGAGACCCGCCUGAAAUCUGCACCGUCUCCUCAGACACCGUCACCUUUGGCGAGGAGCGGGAGAGCAUCCUGUGAGCUCAGCGUGGUCAACCACAAGCAUCAGGAGACGGUCUGCAGAAACAAAUCGUUUGAACUAGGGCUGUCAAGAUUACAAUUUAUAAUUGAGACUAAUCUCUAAAUUCCUGCAGUUUAUUGAAGUAAAUGACAGAAUUUUUAAGUUGGUCACAAUUGAUAUCUCAGAAAAUCUGAAGUUAAUUGUGAUUAAUCUCAGAAUUUCUGAGUUAAAUUAAGAUUGAUCUCUGAAUUUUGUGGUAAUUGAGAUUAAUUUCAGUUUUCUAGAGUUUUGUUGGGAUUUAGCUCAGAUUUUCUGUAGUUAAUUGCAGUUUUAAUCGCAGAAUUCCUAUGGUGUAUUGGGAUUGAUACAUUUUCUGUGAUUUGUCAUGAUUGAUUUCAGAAUUUCUUUUGUAAAUCACAGUUAUCCUCUGAAUUUCUUUAGUUGAUCGCAGAAUUUCUGUGGUUUGUCACAAUUAAUCUCAACCUUUCAGUGAAUUGUUGCAAUUUAUCUCAGAAUUUCUGCGUUUAAAUCACUACCAAACUGAGAAUUUCUUUGGUUAAUUGCUAUUGAUCUUGGAAGUCCUGUGUGAAAUCAUAAUUAAUCUCUUAAUUUCUGUGGUUUGUUGGGAUUAAUCUCAGCAUUCCUGUGGUCAGUUGUGAUUUUGUAGUAAAACCCAGUUAAUCUCAGAUUAUUAGUCUUAUACUUUUGUGGUUUGUCACAAUUUAUCUCAGUAUUGUAAACAUGAUUAAUCACAGAAUUUUUGUAGUUAAUUACAAUUAAUCUCAGACUUUCUGGGGUUGAUUGCGAUAUAUCUUAGAAUUUCUGAGGUUAAUCAUGACUAAUCUUGAGUUUUUCUGUAGAUCCUGCGAUUAAUCUCAGAAUUUCUAUCUUUGAACACUAAUAAUCUCAGGAUUUAUGUGAUUGAUUAUUAUUUAUCUCUAACUUUCCGUGGUUUGUCACAAUUUCUGUGGUUGACUGCAGUUAAUCUCAGAACUUCUAUGGUUGAUCGCAAUUAAUCUCAGAAUUUAUGUAGUUAAUUGUGAUUCAUCUCAGAAUUUCUGUAGUUGAUUGCAGUCAAUCUCAGACUAUCUGGGGUUGAUUUUGAUUAAUCUUAGAAUUUCUGUGGUUAAUCGUGACUUAUCUUGAGUUUUUCUGUAGAUGCUGCAAUUAAUUUCUAUCUUUGAAUGCUAUUAAUCUCAGAAUUUCUAUAGUUAAAAUUGGAUUCAUUUAAGGAUUUCUGUGGUUGACUGCAAUUAAUCUCAGAAUUUCUUUGGUUUGUUGUGAUACACAUUAGAAUUUCAGUAGUAAAAUGUGAUUAAUCUUAGAAAUGUUUGUGGUUGAUCAUGACUAAUCUACAAUUUUUUCUGGAGUCGCUGAAAUUAAUCUCAGAAUUUCUACCACUGACUGCUAUUAAUCUUAGAAUUUCUGUGCUUUAUUGCAAUUAAUCUCAGAAUAAUUGUGGCUGAUUGCGAUUAAUCACAUAAUUUCAACCCCUUUUUAAACACCAUUAGUCAUUCUGGAUUGUUCUACUGUCUUAAACUAAGGCUAAUUGACUUCCUGUUUGGAUACAGACCUCCUUUUACAGGUAGAUUAAACAAUAAAGCAUGAAAUUAAUCACAAUUUAAAAUAUCUACUACUUAUGGGUCUCAGUUAGUUGCGAUUAAUGUCAUUAAUCUUGACAGCCCUAAAACUUGCAGAUUGCAAUUUUAAAAAUUGGUGUUAAAAGCUAAAAAAAUGACAACCUUACCUCUUACAUGUGGAGAAAACAUCACGGGUCAGCUCCUGUUUAGGCUGAAACUCAAAUAUUCUCGAUGUUAAAACACUAAAUUGUGGGCUUGAAGAGGCCGUCUGUGUUGUUGUAGUUUCUGUCUUUGCUAUGAUCAGUUAAUCAGUGUUCAGUUAGCUGCAUGAUAAAUAAACAACCUAGUCAGUAGAAAUAUGUAGGAGUGGAAUAGAGACGUGACUGUAACGUGAAGGCGCUGCAUGUUGAUGAUGUUGUGAUGUCUCCAGGAAUCAACGUUUAAAUAUUUAGAUGCUUUGGAAGUUUAAAAACACAGCUAAAGAAAAAAACAACCUUAAAAUCAGAGAAAAUUUGAUCAGAAAUAUUUAAAUAAAAUCAGACUUUUAUCAAAGGAAAUCUAUUUAAUUUGAAAACAACCAGGGCGGUUUCACAUUUAGGACCUGGACAUUUUAUUGUGAAGGUUAAACAGUUUGUGCUGCUAAAAUGUCAUCAUUAAUGAUUAUGAAAAUAAAUUUAAUAUGAAGCUCUAAAACUGAAGUCAAACCGACCAAUCAGAUGUCAGCAUUCAGACGUGUGCAGGAUUAAAUCUUUACUGUAGAUGUUUGAAAAUAUCGUAUAGAGUUCAUAAAAACAUCAGAAAAGUUCGAACAAGGUCAUGAUUUACUUACAAUUAGAAAAAAAGGACUAAUUCUGGACAUGGUUGAAACUUUAAGAUUCACUGUGCUUUUAUUGUGAAAGCUGCUGUGCUUUUAUUGUGAAGGCAGUUGAGUUUCUCACACACUCAGCUCUGAUUUCAAAGCUGUUCUGUUUGGGUUUUUUAAUCACAUUCACCAGGUCAAAAUUGAAGGGAGCAUUAAAAUAUAAAAGCUGUAAUUUAGCAAGAUUAAAAAUGAAAUUUUUAACAAGAUUAUAGUUACAUUUUAACAAGAUUUCAGUUGCAGUACAAUGAGAUCAUGGUCUUGGCUUUACCAGCUUAAAGUUGCCCUAUAACAAGAUUAUGGUGGUAGUUUUAUGAAAGGAAAGCCAGAUAGUAGUCCUAAUUUUACAAGAUUAAAGUCAAUGAAGUCGGAAUUUGUUUAGGAUUAUGGGUGCAAUUUUAAAGCGUCUUAUUUUACAAGACAAUGCUGAUUAAAGUCGUACAUUUACAUCCACAUUAAUGAGACAUUUGACAGUAUAGUCCAUGAAAUGUUGACCUUUAAAAUACUUGUGGUUGAACGCCCCUCAUUGGUUUUUAUGCUUAGAUUACAACUGAACAAUCAUUCUGACUUUAUUCUCUGAAAAUAUAAUCUAAAAGUGUCCAACUUUCCUAAAACAUUGUUUUAAAAAGAUUAAACAAAGGGUUCUAAGAAAAUUCCAAUGAAAAAAUGUGAAUGUAUAUUUUCUGACGCUGUUAAAACAAGGUAAAGUAAAACCAUGCUGAGUGUGUGAAAACGCUGCUGAUCUGUCAGUAUUAUUUAUUAACUUGCAUCACUGUUUUAGUGUUUUUGUGACGUUUUAUUGUGACAAAGAGCCGAACGAACAAAUCUGUGAUCGUGUUGAUAUGUUGUGAAGUCCAGACAGAGAUGAUACUGAGGUUUAAAUUGAUCCGUUGGUCAAUAAAUUCACCAAUCAAUCGAGUAUUAAAGAACAGGAUUGGGCAAAGUUUUCAUAGGAUUGAAAAGAUAAGUGCCAAAUUAUUACAGAAUAAAUGAAAAACAAAAAUUAAAACAAAGAGUAGAACAAAUCACUGCAUGCCAUGUUGCCUCAAAUAUUGUUUUUAAAAUUAAACAGAUAAUGAAAACUUUUAAGAACAAUAAAAUAAAACCUAAGAAUGAACGUUUAAAAGAAAACAUCUUCAGGUUAAUUAUCAAAAAAAGUUCUCAGUAUCAGAGAUGUUGUGUUUGUGUGUCGUCUGUAAAUCUGCAUGUCCAUGUUUGAGUCCUUGAAGCUCUAAAUAUGAAUUUACUGUGCUAACAUGAACUCAAAUAAAACAUUGAUGUUAAA